AUGGACAUGACUCAUGCCACCACGACGACCAUGGACAUGGGCGGCGGCAACCCAACCGCCAUGUCCAUGCCCUCUUCCACCGGCGGUGGCGGCGGCGGCCACAGCAUGGGAGGCAUGGGAGGCAUGGGAGGCAUGGGCAACGGGUGCAAGAUUUCCAUGCUCUUCAACCUCAACACCGUCGGCUCGUGCUUUCUCUCGUCAGAAUGGCGCAUCACAUCCACUGGCAUGUUCGCCGGCUCCUGCAUCGGCGUCUUCCUGCUCGGCAUGACACUCGAGCUCCUCCGCCGCUCCAUGAAGGAGUACGACCGCUUCCUCGUCCGCCAGCACGCAGCCAAGUUCGCGUCCUCCCCGGCUAGCAGCAGCAGCCCCGCCGCCGCAGCCGACUCCCUGAGCAGCAAGGAGGCCGCCGCCGCCGUGACAGCAACGACGGCCGCGCCUCCCCCGUUCCGCCCGAACCUACUGCAGCAGAGCAUCCGCGCCUUCCUGCACCUGCUGGCCUUUGUCGUCGCCUACAUUCUCAUGCUGCUGGCCAUGUACUACAACGGCUACAUGAUCCUGUGCAUCUUCCUCGGCUCCUUCUUCGGCGCCUUCAUCUUCCAGUGGGAGACCCUGUCCAACGUUCAGCAAACUAGCGCCGCCCAAGAAGGCACCGUCUGCUGCGGCUAA